AUGUCUGCUCAAUUAACGCAUCCAACCAUCAAGGAUGGCUGGUUCAGAGAAAUCUCUGACACCAUGUGGCCCGGUCAAGCCAUAACUUUGAGAGUUGAAAAAAUCUUGCACCAUGAGAAGUCUAAAUACCAGGACGUUUUGAUAUUCAAGUCGACUAAUUACGGCAAUGUUUUGGUCUUGGAUAACGUCAUUCAGGCGACUGAAAGAGACGAAUUUGCGUACCAGGAAAUGAUCACCCAUUUGGCCAUGAAUUCGCACCCUAACCCAAAGAGAGUAUUGGUUAUCGGUGGAGGUGACGGUGGUGUUCUCAGAGAAGUUGUCAAGCACGAAUGUGUGGAAGAAGCAUGGUUGUGUGACAUUGACGAGGCUGUCAUAAGACUCUCCAAAGAAUAUCUACCAGAUAUGGCCGCUUCGUACUCUCAUCCUAAGGUCAAAACCCACAUCGGCGAUGGUUUCCAAUUUUUGAGAGACUACCAAAACUCAUUUGAUGUCAUUAUCACCGACUCUUCAGACCCUGAGGGUCCCGCUGAAACUCUUUUUCAAAAAGCUUAUUUUGAACUUUUGAACAGUGCGUUGACCAGCAACGGUGUCAUCACUACUCAGGCCGAAAACAUCUGGUUGCAUUUGCCAAUUAUUAAAGAUUUGAAGAAAGCCUGCUCAGAAGUUUUCCCAGUGGCAGAAUACGCCUACACCACCAUUCCUACUUAUCCAUCUGGUCAAAUCGGGUUCAUGGUGUGCUCUAAAGACGCUAAAGUCGAUGUCAAAAAGCCUUUGCGUGAGAAAUCAGACGAAAAAGAGGUGGAAUUGUACCGCUACUACAACAAACAAAUUCACGAAGCCUCGUUCGUUCUCCCAACCUGGGCCGCCAAGGAAUUAGAGCUGUGA